UUUAGUGAGAUACGUUAGGUUUAGGGCUGGAGAUUCAUGUAAAAUAUUCAUAGGCAAAUUUUGCGAAAUAACUAUUUGAUGAGCAAAGGGUAAUAUAUAUUAAAUCAAAUAUAUAUAUUAUUUAAAAUUUAUCUAAAUCCAUUUAGUAACUAACCUCUCAGAACCGAGAAAGAAUAUGUCAAAAAACAUUAAGCGUUUGAAAUCUGCAAAGAAAAUGGUUGAGAAAGUGGUUCACGGAACGACACUUAAAACUUACAUCCAAGCUGGAAUGGCUGUGGCAGGACCACCACUGGGGCCUCAGCUUGGUCAGAGAGGAAUCAAUAUAGCCCAUUUCUGCAAAGACUUCAAUGAGAGAACAAAAGAUAUUAAAGAAGGAAUACCUUUACCAUGUAGGAUAACUGUGAACCCUGACCGUAGUUACAAUUUGGUCAUUCAUAAUCCACCAGUUAGUUACUUCCUGAAACAGGCAGCAGGCUGUGAGAGGGGAGCAAUGAAACCAUCUUUAGAGUUUGCUGGGAAAAUUACAGUCAAGCAUGUCUAUGAAAUAGCAAAAAUAAAGAGCCAGGAUCCUACCUAUGAUUGUGUUCCUCUUCAAGAGGUUUGUCAAGAUAUUAUUGACUCUGCAAAAUCAUGUGGAAUUGAAGUAGUUCAUCACUUAAAUGAGGAAGAUUAUGAAAAGUUUCUUGAAGAACGGAAGGAAAUAGUCAAGCAGCAGUUAGCAGAGUUAGAGGAGAAACGACAAGCUAAAAUGUUGAGGACGGUAUAGUAGAGUAGUUUAAAAUUUAUAUUAGCAACAUCAAAUCACUAAGAAAUAGGUGUUUAGUUUUUCAAAAUGUGUACAGAUACAUUGUUUAUUGUUUUUCAUAGUAAUAUUGAAUUGACAUAAAAAUUUUAGCUGUCAAUCCAUUUUGUCUUCUUAAUAAAGGUGGUCAUAAUA